GGCAUUUUGUAUUCUUUUUUAUUAGAAGUCUAGGAUGUUUCUCUAACUCCAUCUGUCAAAUAAAAAAAUGUCUAGCUUGCAUUUGACUGUGUUCAUGGACUAGGUAGUUCGAAUGUUCUGGGUUUCCUAACACUUUUCAGUUCCGCCAAAAGCCAUUCUUUUUAUUUUAUUUAUUCUAUGGACUUUAGAGUUACCCUUAUGUUAUACCCAUGACUAGCUGAAUGAAAACUAUAUACAGAGUAACUGUAUGCAAACACUAUGUGCCCAUGUCUCCUUUUUCCAUCCCUAUCUUCUUUUCCAGAAGGAGCACAGCCUCUGUUGAAACACAAAAUCUGACGCGUGUCCUAGAAUUCCAUCUCGUGGGCUUCUCAGAGGAUCCAACCCUGCAGUCCCUCCUGUUUGGGCUGUUCCUGUCCAUGUACCUGGUCACGGUGCUCGGGAACCUGCUCAUCAUCCUGCUCAUCAUCUCUGACACCCACCUGCACACCCCCAUGUACUUCUUCCUCUGCAACCUGUCCUUGGCUGAUGUGGGUUUCACCUCCACCACGGUUCCCAAGAUGAUUGUGGACAUCCACACUCACAGCACAGUCAUCUCCUAUAUGGGCUGCCUGACACAGAUGUCUCUCUCUAUUAUCUGUGGAAGCAUGGAUUAUUUGCUUCUGACCGUGAUGGCCUAUGACCGGUUUGUCGCCAUCUGUCACCCACUGCAUUACCAGGUCAUCAUGAACCCCUGCCGUUGUGGCUUCUUGGUUACAGUGUCUUUUGUGGCCAGUCUUUUUGAUUCCUUGCUGCACAACUUGAUAUUAUUACCAGUUACCUGCUUCAAGGCAGUUGAAAUUUCUAAUUUCUUUUGUGACCCUUCUCAGCUUCUCAAUCUUACAUGUGAUGACACCUUCAACCAUGACAUUGUCAUAUAUCUUAUUGGUAUCACAUUUGGGUUUUUCCCUAUCUCAGGGAUCCUCUUCUCUUACUAUAAAAUCGUGUCCUCCAUUCUGAGAGUCCCAUCCCCAGAUGGGAAGUACAAAGCCUUCUCCACCUGUGGCUCCCACCUGUUGGUCGUUUGCUUAUUUUAUGGAUCAGGUUUAGGCGUCUAUCUCCGUGCAUCCUUCUCCACCUCUUCCAGAAAGAGUGCUGUGGCCUCACUGAUGUACACCAUGGUCACCCCUAUGUUGAACCCCUUCAUCUACAGCCUGAGGAACAGGGACAUCAAGAGAGCUCUGCAGAGAACUGUCAACAGAAUAAGCUAAUCUCACUGCCCUUGCCAUCCUUGUGCUCUUAGAAUUGAAAUGGGCAGCUCCAAGAAGUACUGAAUCAGUCAUCAGGUCACAGCAUGUGAAGGCAUCUAUCAUCAUCUCCAUGUCUUUUGGGCUUCUCUUUCCACAACCAUUCCUCUCAACAUAUGGGAUGCUAGCGCUGUAGUCUGGGUCUUUAACCGGCUGUGUCACUCUGCAGGCCCCAGGUUGGAGCUCUUAAAAUCACUACUCUACUUUCUACCUUUCUUUAAUAAAACCUCACUCAUGGUCACUAACCUUAACUACAUCGGAAGUGUGGUGCAUUUCUCUUCUCUCCCCACUCAGGCCUCAGUGUUUGAGAGACCCCCUUCAGUUCCCAUUUCUGUUCACUCAUUUUUCCCUCUUUGCCUUUGUCCUGCAGUAACUAUUGGACCCAUUGCCCAUAUCCCAUUCUCUCCAUUAAGAUAACUGGAUUUGUUUCUGUUUCUUGACUGAUGAAUACAUCAUGUCAUGGGGCAAAAGGUAAAGGAUGAGCUGUGAUGGGAGUACUUAAAAAUGUACACAAGGGGGCAG